AUAUAUAUAUAGCAAAUUGUGAAUAUAUUGUAUUUUAAUUUUUUAUAUUAAUUUCUAUAUAUUUAAUAAAAAGAAAAUAAAUAUUAUUUACUGUGAAAUGAGUGAUUCUGGAAGUAAUAUUAAAUAUAAAUGGACUCCUGAAAGUACUUCAUUAUUAGUAUCAGUAUGGUCAGAUAGACAAGUGCAAAAACAACUCGAAUAUGCUUCGAAACCACAACUUAUUUGGGAAAGUGUUGCACGAUAUAUGAAAAAAAAAGGUUACAAUGUUUCGGGUAAACAAUGUCGAUCUCGAAUGAAACAGGUUUUAGUUUGUUAUCGCGAAGCUAAAAGAGCUGGUACUCGAGCUGGAGUAGAACAAUAUUAUGAAUCAAUAGAUAGAGUUCUUAAAAACAAACGUAUCGAAGAAAAUAAUUUUAUUGGCAUAGAUACUGUAGAUGCAACAAUAAAUGUUAAAUCUCCUUCAAAAGAAAUAAAGACAAAUAAAAAUUUGCAAAUGAGACAUAAACUUCAAGAACCUGUGCCAUCACUUCAUCGGACAGAAGCAUUAUCACCUACUUGGACAUUAGGAUGUGAAAAUGAAUAUCCUGAUUCUCCUGAAUCAAACGAAACCAUAAUCGAUGCUCGACCAUAUAGAGUUUUUUCUCCUACAAGAGAUGUAGCUAUCAAUACUAAUGAACAGUUAACUCAGAUAGCUGGCAAAUCAACACAGUGCAAUUCUUUUUCAACAGAAGAACGAUUAAAUCCAAAUUAUAAACAAAAUCAUUUAAUGUCAAAUUAUAAUUAUGGAGAAAUACCCUUUCAAAAUACAGUACAAAAUGUGCAAAAUCAAAUAAUUCAAGAGAAUAUGCAGCAAAAUCAAAAUAUGCAGCAAAAACAAAAUUAUAUGUGCAAUCAACAAAGUAUGUUAGUAAAUAAUUUAAAUCUUCAACAAAAUCUACAAAAUUUAAAUCAAGGUUUAAAAACACAAUCUAUAAAUGUACCAAUGCAUGGUAAUUUGAUACAAACUUCUGAUUUAGAACAUAUAAUUCAACAAAAUCAAUUGCAGUCAAUAAUACCAGCAAAUAAUCAUGCAAUGCCUCAGGAACCACGGAAAAUUGUUUUAGAACAAACUUUUACAAAUAUGUAUAAACAGCCAUGUAGCAAUUUUUCAACUCAAAUACCUGUUUUAAUAGAUGCAAAACAAUACAAAACUGAAUCUUUAUCUCCAGAUCAUUCAUCUCAAAAUUUAGAUGUAUCUCAAAAUUUAAAUGAUGCUUUUUGUCUACCAAAAAAUGAUGAUAAAACACAAAAUUUAAAUGAAAAUUACAACAAAACAAUACAAGCAGCAAAUCUAUUAAGAAUGCAAAAUUCAGAAAUUUCUGUAAUUACAAAUAAUGCAACAUAUAAUGAUGAUAGUUUAUUAGAAUUUUUAAUAGAUUCACCAACUCCAUCAGAAAAUGAUAUUAAAUCAAAAGAUACUGCUGUUAAUACAGAUAAUAUUCCACAUGCACCAUUAAGAAAAAAGAAAGUUGAAAAAUUAGAACAACUUAUGUUAAAUGCCAUUAAUUCUCAAAAUGAAGUCGUUAAUAAAAUUCUUGCUGCACAAAAUGAUAUGGUAACAAGAUUUUUAGAUAUAGACAGAGAUCGUCAAAAUAGGCUUGAAAAUCGUUUGGAUGAUUUAUUAAAAGUUGUUCAUGCUUCUAUGUUUACAAAACAAACUUCAGAAACCGAAAUUGAAAUACCUCCACCAUUACCUGAACCAACAAUAACAUCUUUAGCACCUCCUCCAAAACCAGGUGCUCCACCUCCAAAAUUAGAUCUAGUUCCUCCAAAACCGUGUCGUGUACCUUGUACGAUGCCAAAUUCCAAUAUUGAAUUAAUUGCACAAAAUACUAUAGUAACAAAACCAGGUAUAGUAUCGCCUAUAUCUAGUCCAAUAAAAAAGCCAGGUACUAUAUGGUCAAAAUUGGGACCAGUAUCGCAAUCUCCCUUUGUGAAAGCUCAGCAACGAUUAGGUUUACAAUCUGUUGCAUCUACAGAAAUUCGAACUCAAUCAUCUGCAGAAAGACGUAUAGCUAAAGAAAUGGAAAGAGCUAUAGAUACAGAAACUUUGAUAUUUGAGACUAAAAAAUUUUUAGAAAUAGAGAAAAAAUUAGAAGAAAAAAUAGAAAAUGCUCGUCUUGAAACAACACUAAGCCAGAAUUUACAUGCACGAAGGAGAUUAUUUACACAAAGAGAACCUACUGCAGCAAUGAUUUUAACUGCUGCAUUUUUGGAAAAUGAAUGCCGUACUGCAGAACAACUUAUGAGUUAUUAUGAUACCAUAAAUAUGAAUAAAAAGAAUUUAAAAAAUAUUGAUGAUGAUUUAUUAGCAGGUCAAGGUGAAAGUUAUGAACAUUUGCGACAAUUGAAUAUAAAGACUACUUACAUAUCUGAUAAACCCUGUGAUACAUCUACACCAGCAAAGUUAGGAAUUGCUUCUAAUAAUAAUGAAAAAACAUCUGUAACAGUACCUAAACAGACAAUUCAACAAUUAGCUCAACUUCUAAUGAAUGCAGGAAGAUGGAAAAAUGUUGGAAUACAAAAUGAACAGCAAAACCUUGGACAUACAAUUCAAUCAAACAUACAAAAACAUCAUGUAAAUGCACAAAGUAUACAUCCAAGUUCUAAUGAAGUAUUCACAACAGAAAAACCUAAAGAAUUUCAUAAAAAAAAUGAUCAAAAUCACAUUGGAGACAGAAUAUUAAACAAAUAUGAAGAUCCAACAAAUGCAUAUAGAACAACAUAUGGUUCAUCAUAUAAUACAAUAAAUCAAAAAUCUAAUUAUCCUAUAAGUUUUAUAAAAUCAGAAACAAACACUACAAAUUUAAAACAAGAUGAAAUAUAUAAAUCUAUUGGAUUGAAUAUAUGUGGUAAUUCUAUGCCAGAUCAUAAACAAAAUGUACGUUUCAUGGAUGAAGCAUUAGUUGAAUUACAACGUAUGUAUAUUGAAACAAUGUCUAAAGAACAAGAAAUGAAUGAUAGCUUACCUUAUGUACCAGGCAAAAUCAAUACCCUUCCAUUUGAAAAUCGACAAAUGAUUGAAAAAUAUAUUCAUGAUAUAAUACCAAGAAAACAAUUAAAAGAUAAUAAAGACAAAGAUACUGAUUCUGAUAACGAUGAUGAAUUUUUAGAUACUACCACUACUAUGCCUGCAAUUCCACGUCGAAGUUCUCUUACAUCAACUGGUACUACAUCUACUGAAACUACACAUUCUAUAAAAUAUAUGAAACCAGAUAAUUGUGUAAUAAGUUAAAUGAAGAAAAUAAGAUAUUUUA